GCUUAGAGGCUUAGUCUCGACAAGAAUUUUAAAAAACCCUCACGACUUUGCUUGGUAGCUACGGCGGUCGGAUUCACGAGUUACAACUCACGACUACAACCUCGGCGCCGCAACUUCAUUCAGGUUAGGAUGAUGAGAAGUAAAACCCCAUGGAAAAUUAAAACCCCACAGAAAGGAAGAAUCAGAAGGGAGCUUGAAAAACGUGCUCCCAAACUGGUUGAAACUGGGAAAAAGACAUUGAUAUUACAUGGUACAAAAACAAGCCAAGUGUUGAAUGAGGUGAUGACUGAAAUUUAUCAUUUGAAGAGGGAUAAUUCUGUUAAAUAUACCCGGAAGAAUGAUAACGUUAGACCAUUUGAGAGCGGGGGCGAGGCUUCUUUGGAGUUUUUCUCUCUUAAGACAGAUUGCAGCCUUUUUGUGUAUGGUUCUCACUCCAAGAAGCGGCCUAACAAUCUUGUUAUUGGGCGAACCUAUGAUCACCAUGUUUACGAUCUUGUAGAGGUAGGAGUGGAAGAGUUCAAAAGCAUGAAGUCAUUCAAAUAUGAUAAGAAUUUGGCUCCUAAAAUAGGGUCAAAGCCCUUUUUUACCUUUAUUGGAGAAGGAUUUGAGAGUGUUGAAGAGUUGAAACAUUUAAAAGAAGUUUUGCUUGAUCUAUUCCAUGGCGAGGUUGUGACCAACUUGAACCUUGCUGGGUUAGAUCGUGUAUAUGUAUGUACAGCUGUGUCGCCAAAAAAGGUUUUCUUGACCCAUUGUGCACUGCGGUUAAAAAAAUCUGGCACAGUAGUUCCAAGAAUAGAAUUAGUGGAGGUUGGCCCGUCCAUGGACUUAGUAGUUCGGCGACAUCGUCUCCCUGAUGACAGUUUGAAGAAAGAAGCUAUGAGAACUUCUCUUGAUAAAGCAAAGAAGAAGGAGAAAAAUGUUGUCAAAGAUGCCAUUCAAGGAAAAUACGGGAAGAUUUACAUUCCUGAUCAGAAGGUUGGAAGUGUGGCACUGCCUCACAAAGCAAAAGGAGUUAAAAGGGAGCGUAGAGAAGCUAAGUUGAAAAAUGUGACAGACCAGCCUGAAGAAAAGAAACAGAAGCUGGAUUCUGAGUGAUUUUCAACUCCUACCUUCUAAGUGUGAUGCUCUUCUGCUGAGUCAAAUCAAUUUUGUUCUGUCUGCCUUGGCUUAUAUGCUUUAGGCUCAAUGCAUAUUCGGGUCUAACCUCACUGAAUGAACGAUCACAGCAGGUUCUCAGAUUUUCUACGCUCAGAGUAGUCUAAUCCUAGCUUUCUGUGAACCAAAGGCCGGAUCAUUGUUGUCAAAAGUGGGAGCUUUCUGACCUCAGAGCGAUGGUUCUCACUGUUAUUUUAAUUUUUCUUAUGUUUGAAAUCCAUAAUGUGAAUUUUCACCAUUUGGCAUAUUUGACGUGUUAUUUAUUUGGAAAAAUUUCCUCUAUAGCUUGUUAUUUA